GCCUGGAUUGGGCCAACAACUAUGUUAAUUCCUGCAACUUCUGUGGACACUUAACCUUAAAUAAUAGCUGUAACUGUACUUGCCUACAAGAUCAACUACUAAAUUCUAGUCAGAUGUCAAAUUGAUUAAAGGAUGAUAUAUUUAUUAUAAUGAAGUCCGGAUCAAUUUUUAGUGGAUGUGUCUUUAGAAACAAACUGUUCUCAUCUCUCUUUUCAUACAAUCUCUAUUUCACAUGAUCUAAAAAUGAACUACGAGGGAUGUGAUGUGUAAAACCUUUUGUUACGGCUACUGAAUUAUAUCCCUAUCCCUAACUUUUAUUAUUAUUUUGAAAAUAUAAAUAUUUACUUUUUUCUAUAAUAAAUGUUCUGCUCAAAAGUUUUGUUUUUGUUUUUGUUCGUGUUUUGGAAUGAAUUGAUUGAACUAACAAAUGUAAUCGAUUUGGUAAAAAGCAAAUCGAUUUAGUAAAAAGUAAAUUAAAGGGUGUAAAUUGGCGUGCGUUAGCAAUAAACAACUAAACCAUGGAGAAGAGAAGGUAGAGAAGGGAUAAGAAUGGAGGAGGAUCCCUGUCAUCUCAAUAAGAAUUCAAACCCCUCUUCGUCUUCUUCUUCCUCAAGGCCAAAGCUUUUUCGCUUCCAAACCACUUGUUGCAAACUCUGUUUCGAUCGGAAGAGAAUUAGGUCGACAUUUAGCAGAAUCGAAAAUGGUGGUCGACCAGGAAUCCUCUCUGAAAGAGCUCAAGAACAAGAACAAGCCAGUCAUGAGAGGAGGAUGGCCGGAGGAUGCGGCGGGGCGGUGGCCCCCGUGGCUACGGCGGCUGCUGGCCAUCCGGUUCUUCGGGCAAUGCGCGCUCCAUGCCGACGCGCACCGGAGGGAGUGCAACAUGUUCUGCCUCGACUGCGCCGACGGCGCCCUCUGCUCGCUGUGCCUUGCCCAUCGCCACCGCGACCACCACACGAUCCAGAUUCGGCGGUCAUCGUACCACGACGUGAUCCGGGUGUCGGAGAUCCAGAAGGUGCUCGACAUCGCCGGCGUGCAGACCUACAUCAUCAACAGCGCCCGGAUCGUCUUCCUCAACGAGCGCCCCCAGCCGAGGCCAGGCAAGGGCGUCGGCAACACCUGCGAGGCCUGCGACCGGAGCCUCCUCGACUCCUUUUGCUUCUGCUCCCUCGGCUGCAAGGUUGCCGGCCCCGGCACCGGCAAGAAGUCACCACUCGAGAGGCAACCGACAGCGUCGGGAUCCGACGACUCAUUCGCGAGCGCCAGCCUCGGUAUCGCGAGGACGCAAAGCUUCACCCCCUCAACCUCGCCGCCGGCCUCCGGCGCCCGGAGGAGGAAGGGCAUCCCCCACAGGGCUCCCUUCAGCACCGAAUAACAAACACUGCUCGACUGCAUGCUGUAUAUAUUCAAACACAACGUCGACUGAGCUCAGUUCAUCUUCAUCAUGGAGCUGGAGCCAUUUUCGUGAUCAAUGACGUGUAAUAAACUGCUGAGCUUCUGCUUCGUUCCCGGACUCGCUCGUUCAAAUUUACAGAAAACCUAUGCGAUUUCGAUCUAUUUCUCACUGCGGCAAUGCGCCGAACUCACGGGAUGCGUUUGCCAUCGUCGGUUGACCAUCGCAGUCGAGCCCUCUGCCUCCCGACGGCGGUCGCUGUUCAGCCACGCAGCUGGCGGUGGAUAGAUUCUGUGUCAAUGAGAAUUCGAUUCGCCAGCGGAUUUAAUCUCAGCCGUUCAUAUUUUUUUCUUAAAAAAUUCAUGUUGUUAGUUUGGAAAGUCGACACGUGAUUAUGCAAA